ACAGGAAUAAAAGUAUCAUAUGCUGACUGUGAAUGUACAAAUAUCAAAAGCCAGGAACACGAACUUCUAUGAAAUCAUUUGCAUUUGAUUCAUCGAGGAAAAUGGCCGGUAUUGCAUUUGCUGUGUUGUGUCUCGUGGCCUUCUCUGGAGCGACUGUUUUUCUGGACGAACCUGACAAUUUGACCGUAGAGGUCGGGGGCCAGGCGACAUUUAGAUGCGACUUUAACCAAGACUACAACUGUUCAGUUUUAGAGUGGGUGUAUUCGAGCUCUCAAUGCACUCAUGGUUCCUCUGUUACCAUAACAACUUGCCGGUCUGUAUCGCUUGUACCAUCAUUUGACACCAGUCGAUUUUUCUCAACGUUUGGUAAAAGUACCACUCUGCUGCAAAUCAACAAUGUACAACUUAGUGACGCAGGGUACUAUGCCUGCAGGAUUGCUGAUCUGAAUGAGUUUUCAAGAUGUGGACAUUUGACUGUAGUUGACCCGCCCACUCCUCAGUGUACGAUGUUAUCAUCAAGUGUCCGAGUAGGAGACACAGUCAGGUUGAUGUGUCGGGUACCAGAAGAGGCUCUCACCCGUACAAAGCUGACAUGGUACCCAUCUAAGACGCCUGGCUCCACUCGCAGUCUGAAGGUAGACCAGGGUCAGUCUUACACGGUCUAUCAUGUUCUCCAAGAAUCUGACAAGUUCAGAGUGUUCACUUGUAUUGCUGGCAACGACAUCAAUAACGGACCGAACUGUACCUUGUAUCCGUUCGAAAUCAAGACCGUCAGUGUUCGUUUUCAGCAGGAAAAGUCCUCAGGAAAUUCGGCACUGAUGUUUGAGUGCGUUGCGGACCCAGCUCUACCAGAUACGCGCUACUCGUGGUCUGUGAGAGUAGCGGAAUUUCAAAAUGGUACACAACCUGAGUGGAUCGAUUCCGGCACGGACCAUAGAUUCGUGAUCGUCGGUGAUCAGACGAGAUUUCUUCUGUUCACUCCUAAAAAAGACGGCGAUGGUUUGCAGGUGAAAUGUACGGCCUACACCGCCAUUGGCACGAGCAAGACGAGCGAAGCUCUGACUAUCAUCCCCUUCCCCGACGACCAUUUCGUGACCAACGACCCGUCUGGUGGUGAUGAAAACUCUCAGGAACUCUCAGGAACUCUCUUACUCUCUUACAUGUGGAUCGGUAUUGGUGGAUUGUCAGUUACUUCUGUGGGUGGAUUCCUUAUCAUGUGCUUCAUGUGUACACGGAGGAGGGUACUAGACAAUCAGGAGGACUAUUGA